AUGCAGCAGACAUAGGUUAUAACUGUUUACCAAACUACAAUUUGUGUCGGAGCUAGAAGCCCUUAAUCAACAGAGGAAGAUUCAGCUAAUACAAAAUGUCACUGGCAGAUGAAUUAAUUGCUGAUUAUGAAGAUGCUGAGGAUGAUUUGGAUGAAAAUGAGGCAGAAGUGGUGUCCAUGGACAUUGCAGAAGUUGAUGAAAAGGCUGAAGUAGAUUACAGAGAUAAAGAAACAGUAAAGAGCGUAGCUAAAUUAAGGGACAGUGAACAACUUGCAAAUAUUUUAGUCAACAUAGAAAAAUAUGCAUCACAACCAAGAAGAGAAAAAGUGGCUGGACCAGUUGAGGCUGAUCCAGAGUAUCAGCUCAUUGUAGAGGCUAAUAACAUCACUGUGGAAAUCGACAAUGAAAUAAAUGUAAUUCACAAGUUCACAAGAGAUCACUACUCCAAAAGGUUUCCUGAGCUGGAGUCACUCAUCCAGACCCCCAUGGAGUAUAUAAAGACAGUUAAGGAACUAGGAAAUAAUAUUAUGGAAAAUUCGAAAAAGAAUGAAGUCCUUCAAGAAAUUCUUGUACCAGCCACAAUAAUGGUGGUGAGUGUGACAGCCUCUACUACACCAGGGACAAGUCUUAGUGCAGAAGAGAUGACAACUGUAAUGGAAGCCUGUGAUAUGGCGAUAGAUCUGACAGAGUACAAGGCAAAGAUAUUUACGUACGUUGAAUCACGAAUGACCUUCAUCGCCCCCAAUGUUACUAUCAUUGUAGGAGCUUCCAUAGCUGCCAAACUUAUGGGUACUGCAGGAGGCCUGACAAACCUGUCUAAGAUGCCUGCUUGUAAUGUCCAGUCCCUUGGGGCCCAGAGAAAGACCUUGUCUGGCUUCUCCAUGGCAUCAAUACAGCCACACAUGGGCUACAUAUAUAACUGUGACAUAGUACAGAAAACUCCACCAGAGUUGCGGAAAAAAGCUGCCAGAUUGGUGUCAGCCAAGUGUACCCUGGCUGCUCGAGUGGACAGUUUCCAUGAGAGUGUGGAUGGAAAUGUGGGUGACAGUCUAAGGGCUGAGAUUGAUGGCAAGUUGGACAAGCUCCUUGAACCACCACCAGUGAAGACUGUCAAAGCCUUACCCACACCUAUAGAUGCCGCUCGUAAAAAGAGGGGAGGCCGCAGAGCAAGAAAAAUGAAGGAGAGACUUGGUUUGACUGAAGUCAGGAAAGCUGCAAACAGAAUGAAUUUUGGAGAGAUAGAGGAGGAUGCUUACCAGGAUGACCUUGGCUUUUCCUUGGGAACGCUGGGUAAAUCAGCUUCAGGACGUAUCAGGGGACCAGUAGUCGACUCCAAAACAAAGGCCAAGAUCUCUAAAACCUUACAGUUAAAAGUACAGAAGCAGAACCAGACAUGGGGAGGCAGUACAACAGUCAAACGACAGGUGUCUGGUACAGCAUCAAGUGUGGCAUUUACUCCUCUACAGGGUCUGGAGAUUGUCAAUCCCCAAGCAGCUGAGAAGAAGGUAUCGGGAGGAAGUUCCACCUACUUCUCUAGUACUGGCAGUUUCGUAAAUGUGAAACAGAACAGGUGAAGAUAUAGGAAAGUAAGCACACCCACGAAUGCUAAAUAAAGCUGAAAGAAGACAAUGGAACAUCUCGUCCAAUGGUAGGGUUGUCACCAUUAGGUGGUGCCUUUAAACAAUUUACAUUGGCUGACAAUUACGAGCAACUUGACAUCACAUACAACCUUCAGGCGUGUGGAAGUCCUUCAUAUUUCACCAUGAAAUGCUAUGGUAACUUCAGCUCGUGUAGUUAACAUUUUACUGUGGACCAGAGAAAUGUGCACCACGUACAAGAGAUUUUUAUUUUUUUGUAAAUAAAUCUGGUCAUUUUGUUGUCUGUUAAAGAUGAUCCUGUGUGGGUAAUGUUCUUGUGUGAUGGGAAAAAAAAAUGUCCAUAAUUUGUAUCAUUGCUAAAGUCGAUGACUUCAUCUUUCUUGGGUCUGUGGCUCAACCUCUAGUUGCUUGGCAAUUCAAUAAAUCACACAUACCAAACAUGUA